UUGGUCAGGGCGUUUAUGGAACAGGUAUAUUUUAUGCGCCGAGGAGACUAAACUGCCGUUUGCCGAGAUCGAAGCCAUCAAACACAGUGCGACCAACGAAAGCGAGAUUCUCAGAGACGGAAUGGAGGGCAUGAUCGGAAUGUACGAAGCUUGGUGCGGCUUCUUGAAGCGGACAGCCAUGGACGUCACUGCCACAGAUGAAUCUGUCGACCUCGCUGAUGUUGGCUUGAGUGCCGCGCUGGAGGAUGUCUCCGUCAUUGGUCGAAGACUCUACGGGAAAGAGUUCCAGGGCGAUCCCAAGUUUCGGCUCGAACGUAUAUAUAUUCAGUAUCUGACCGAGAAAAAGGGUGCUAUCGAUGAAGCCAGGGCCCAGUGGAACAAGUUGGCUGCUGUCCAGAUCCACGCCAACAGCCACGACUUUUGGUUCAGAUACUACAUGUGGGAGAUGCUGAUAUUCUCCUCGAUGGGCGUUCAAGAAACUCGGAGUCCAACACCUUCAUCUGUCAACAGCAGCCUCCGAACGCCAUCGCUCGCAACCGCAGUUCUUGUCCGAGCCGUCUCACGGAAAACCAUUGACUGGCCUGAAAGGGUUCUCGAGGUUUACAUGCAACACUGCAAUGACUACGAGCCGCCACUCUCGGUGCGGAAAGCCGCUGAUCGAGUGCACAGGACUCAAGAAGCACUCAACAAACGUCGAGCUCGUGAGGAAAAGGAGAAAGCGGCUGAGUACGAGGCGUAUUAUCGUGCACAGGAAGCGCAAGCCUUAUCCAAGCGGAAACGCAGAUCUGUUCCACCUGCCCAGGACGAAGAUGGCAGUACCAGCAAGCGACAGAAGGGUGGCGUUCACUUCACUGAGUCCCAGACUUCUAACACUCAAGAUAUCAAGAGAGACCGGGAAAACUCAACCAUCAUUGUGACCAACCUACCUGGCGAGGUCGCUCAGACCAAGGUCCGUCAGUACUUCAAAGACUACGGACACAUCAAGAACGUCACAGCCCUGGUACAGGACAACAACGGCAGCUCCUCGACAGCCCUGAUCGAGUUCACCACACCUGAAGAGGCACAAUCUGCAUUGCUCCGAGAUGGCAAGUACUUUGAGCAAUCCCAACUCAGUGUGAAGUCCGGACAUGACCUGACUGUUUACGUCGCCAACUACCCGCCAGUCGCGGAUGAAAAAUACAUUCGCGAACUAUUCGAUGACUGUGGGGAAAUACUCAGCAUCCGCUGGCCAAAUCUCCAGGCAAACACACGUCGUCGGUUUUGCUACAUUUCGUUUCGUGAUCAGGAAGCAUCGGCCAAAGCCGUCCAGAAAGAGGGUACCGUCCUUGACGGUCAAUACAAGCUGUUGGCCAAGUACUCGGACCCAAGUCACAAGAAAUCACGCGAUGGGGCUCUUGCGGCAGGUCGAGAAAUCCACAUCAACAACCUGGACAGAGCAGUCUCUGAAUCUGAUUUAAGACAAGUCUUCUCCCAGUAUGGCAAGAUCACCAGGGUCAACGCGCCACAGACUUUGGGAGGCAAAAAUCGAGGUUUCGCCUUCAUUGACUUCGCAACCAAGGAUGAGGCAGAGAAAGCAGUUGCGGAGACGAACAAUACAAAGCUCCGAAGGUACUUUCUUGAGGUCGCAAUCUCGAAAGAAACCAAGUUCAAACCGUCGGCCAGGACCGUCACCGCCGAGCGCGAGUCGGCCUCUCCUGCCCCUACUUCCGCUCGCGAUGAUGAGGGAGACGAGAUGAUUUUUGAUAGCCCGACCCACACCAACAAGCAGCCUACAGCUACCGAUAUCUCAGCCCGUACGAUCGCACUCAUGGGUCUUCCAGACACGGUCAACGAUGCUCGUGUCCGAGCACUUGUUGAGCCCAUAGGCGACAUCGUCCAGCUAAUCCUGCAGCCAGUCCACGGGGGCGCCAAGGUUGAGUUCGCAGACGCUGCCACCGCCGGGAAGGCCGCCCUUCAGCUCAACGGCAUGGAAUAUGAGGGCUUCAAGCUGCGUACCGGCUCUGUCAAUGAGCUACGGCAUGCCAAGGCCGAGCGGCGUUUGGACAGCAUUGUCUACGGGUCCAAGAGCUCCGGCUCCAAGGGUUCUACUUCCAAGGUCUCUGCCUCCAAGGGUGUCGCCUCCAAGAGCGCCGUGCCUACGGAUCUAAUGCCUCCACCGACAAUCAUCCGCCGACCAGGCCCGGGCUCAGCUCGUCCCCGUCGUGGACUAGGGUUUGCUCGACCUGUCGCUUCCGUAGUCUCGAAAAAGGACACAGACACUAACGGGGCGUCAUCAGCGAAGAAAAGCAAUGCUGAUUUCAGAGCCCUAUUCAUUCCUACCGAGAUGGGUGGUGCUGAGGAUAAAGGCAAAGAAACAGAGGUAGAGAAGGGCAAAGAUGAGAAGAACUAGUGUAUCCAUGAUUUCUGUUUGCUUGGCAGAUUCAUAUGGUGUAAAACAAUGAGUGUAUUAUGAAGGUGAAUACCCAGGACGCAGGACGGAUAAGUGUAUGUGCUAUUAGAAACAGUUGAGGCGCCUUCAAAUUAUCCCCUUUUCAGCCUCCCUCAUGUCUGAACCUUACUACAUUACACGGUGUCCAGACGAGGGGAGGCAACUGAGAUUUUGUCAUCUAGCGAAUAAAUACUAGGUACCUGUCUUCAAUAGUACAUCAAUGGAUACAAACUCC